AUGUGGAUUCUGCCCCUGGUAGGCUAUCUGGGCGUUCUACUCGGCUUCGCCUUUCUGACUCUGGCCAUUGCCUCCGGACUGUACUACCUCUCCGAACUAGUUGAAGAACACACCGUGCUCGCCAAGAAGCUCCUCACGCGCCUCAUCUACGGCGUGAUAGCCCUCCAAAUCCUCCUUUGCCUUGUCGACAAGUUCCCCAUCGGCCUCAGCACUCUUAGCGUCUUCAGCCAUGUCAUCUACGCGCAGAACCUCCGGCGCUUCCCCAUCGUCAAGUUGACAGACCCGCUAUUCAUACUCUCAUGCGCCCUCGUCCUCUUAAACCACUACCUCUGGUUCACGCACUUCUCCGCGCCUCCCUCCCGGCCUGGCAGCAGCUACCACAACCCUUACUCCGCGCGCGACGCCUCGAUCCCCACCUUCACCGAGAUCUCGAGCUACUUCGGCCUCUGCGUCUGGCUCGUGCCCUUUGCGCUCUUCGUGUCGCUGUCCGCGGGCGAGAACGUGCUGCCGAGCAUGGGGAGCGAGUACGCGACGGGCGAGGGGAGCAGCUAUGUUAGCGCUGGGCGGGAGUCGACGAUGGGGGCUGCGGGGAGCGUGAGUGGUGUUGGAAGUGGUGGGGGGAGGAAACGCGCGGGCACGAAUGCGGGGAUGGCGAAGGCGGUUGUUAAUGGGGUCAGGGAGUGGGUCGGGGAGACGGGGGAGGUGUUGGGGGUAUGGAGGGGGGAGAAAACGCGGAGGUUCUAG